UAACGUGUUUUGAAAACUAUUGGAAUGAAUUUAUAUCAUUAAAUAUUUAUAUUUAUUUUAUAACUAUUAAUAAUAUUUCAAUAACUAAAGUGAUUUCAAAAUCUUUAAACUAUGACACGAUAUGCAAGAGCUAAGGGUUCAAAAGCAUCAAAUGAAAGAACACCCAAUGAUGCUACACCAUGGCAUUUAAUGAAGCAACAGUUAAUUGAAAAUACAUCAAAGAAAGAAAAAUCCUUUGAAGAAACUAAAACUGUUAAAGAACUGUUGGAAAAUGCACAAAAUAUAAGUAAUAAUGUUGAAAAUGUUCAUGAAUCUUGGGCAGAAUUUCCAAACAAUUUUGAAAAAGAUAAUUUUAAAACAAAAAAGAUCAAGAAGCGAAAGAUUAUUAAUGAAGUUGAUAAUUCUAUAUCAACCAUAAAAAACAAAGAUGAAACAAGUCAAUCUAAUGAUACAAGUGAUAAUAAAAAAAGGAAGAAAGAUAAACAUAUUUCAGAAAUUGCAGAAAAUAAUACUGAUGCAAUCAGUGUAAAUGAAUCACAAAAUAAAAAAAAUAUACUUUCCAAGCGUCAAAAACGUAACAUGAAAAAGAGAAAUUCGAAUGAAAGUAUAUCCAAAAUCAUAGAAAAUAAUAAUGAUGAUAGUGCAUCAAAAAAUAUAAAUAAUAACAAGAAUGAAAGUGAAAGAAUUGAUCAACCACAAAGAAAAUUUGAUAAAAACUUUCCAAUUAAAAGUGUCACAAAUAAAUUUGGUAUAAAAAAGUUUGACAGUCAGAAACGAAAAAGGAAACCACCUAAAAUUCGGGAUGACAAAGAACACAAAAGAAGAAAAGCAGAUUUAGGCCCUUCAAAAAUAAUCAUCAAUGGUGUAGAAUUACAUAUUGUAAAAUUUGAUGGAUUUCCAGUUAGAAAAGAAGAUGCAGAUAGAUUAAGUGAUUUAAAACAGAAAAUGAUCAUGAAAGGUAUUCCACAAAAAGAAAUAAAUGCAGCAAUGAAAUUGGAAAGGAGGAAAGCUGAAAAAGCAUUAACUAGAAUUAGGAAAUGUGUAUGUUUUCACUGUCGCAAAUCUGGACAUAAUUUAUCUGAUUGUCCUGAACUUGGUUCAGAGCAAGGAGGAACUGGAAUCUGCUUUAAAUGCGGAUCAACAGAACACACUCAUUUUGAAUGUAAAGUUGCCAAGCCAAUGGAAUUCAGAUAUGCAACUUGUUUCAUUUGUCGUGAACAAGGACAUAUCGCUAGACAAUGUCCCGAUAAUCCUAAAGGAAUUUAUCCUCAAGGAGGUGCUUGUAAAAUUUGUGGAGAUGUUACGCAUUUAAAAAAAGAUUGUCCAGAUUUGAUUAAAGAAAAGGAAGAAAAUGCCGUUACAGUAAAUACAAUUACAAAUGGUAAUUUAGAAUCCUUAGAAGAAAAUAUAAAUAAUAUAGAUAAAAAAGAUAAUAAAAAGACUAAAAAAAUAGUGAAAUUUUAGUAUGUCAAAAAAUAGAGAUAAAUUUUUGUAUAUAAUUCAAGGAAUAAAUAACUUGCAAUGUAAACAUAAGAUUUAUUGAAAGGUAUAUAUAUGUUUGACAUGUACAUUAUCUUUAUACAUACACUUUAAUGUUAUUCAAUCCAUCAUCAUAAAAAAUCUGAUAUCAAACAAUACAUAUUAUAAUUUAUGUAUUGCCUAUUUACAUUUGAAUUUUUAAUUCAGUUAAAACUUUUUA